AUGACAAACCGCGAGCCUUGGACGCAACGUCUUAGAGACCAUUGCAUGGUCCGACGUCUUGGAGAACCGGCUUAUCAGGAUGUAUCUGAUCGUCGAGGCGGGCGCACAGCUUGGUCUACUGUCGCUGUAAUCAACGGCACCCAAUAUUCAGCCCGCUUUUGGUACGAUGGUAAUUAUAUAGACCAAGCCAAAGAGGAUGCUGCCGAGAUUGCUUUGCGGAAACUCACUGGUUAUGUCGAUCCUACUACCCAGCCUCCACCGGCGAGUCACUAUCGAAUUGCUAUUGCCGCUUGA